AUGGAAAACCAAGAAAUUAUUAUCAUUGCCUUAGUAAUCAUAGCCAUUUAUCUUUAUUGCUGUUAUUACGGUCAUCUAAAAUCUGACAUAAGUUAUUUAACUCAAUACAAUAAUACACUUGAUGAAUUAUCCGAAUUAAAAUCCCAAUUAGAGCAUUGCCAAACUCUUUACCAAAAAAGAGUAGCCAAGGAUUUAGAUGCUGAAACCUUGAAUUCCAAACAAAAAAUUACUGAUUUAGAAACUGCUCUCUUAAAUCUAGCCCAGCAAAAACUCAAAGAUAAAAAAGAAGCUCAGGAAUUACUAAACCAAAAUCAAGAACCUGAACCAGCAACUAAACCAAAACUUUUUGACCAAGCCCAAGCCACCUUUACCGAAUUACAAGAAACCGUUAACCAAGCCUAUUUCAUAAAAGGUAAAAGUGAUGUUAAACAAAAACUGGAAGAAUUAGAUAGUUUUUUUGAGCAAGAUUUAGAAGUAAUAGAAAAAGAUAAACAAGAACUAACCAAACAAUUACAAGGCCAAUCCCAAGUCUUUAAUGAACAAUUAAGGAAAAUAAAUGUUCUUUUUGAUAAAAAUGCUGAAAAUUAUCAAACUAUUGACUUUAAUGGUCUCUAUUCUCUGCUGGCAAAUAUUCAACAAGAACGAGAACAGAAGAAGCAAAAUAAAGAAACCGGCACCCAAACUGCUGACCCAGAAGAAAAAGAAUUAGAAAACACCGUGGAUAAUCUCCUUAAAGAAAUCAAAGAAUUACAGAAAUUAUCCCAAUCGCAAACCAUUACCGAAACCAAUCAUAAAUUAGAACUAACUUUAAAAGAGAAUACUGAAAACGAGAAAGGGAACAGUUCGGAUAAAAACCUCAUGCGACGAGAACAAAUAAUCACUGAAUGGAAUAACCUGCAAGCCAAAUUAAAUGGUGUUAAAUAUCUCCACCAACAGAAAGCCCUAAUUAAAGACGCAAUUGAAUUCCAUCUGCAACAAGCUUCUUACUUUACCACCGAACACUCCAAUGAACCCUUAUUAAACCGCAGACUAAUGGAGCAAGAAAAAGAACGAUUGACUGAUGAGUUGGAGAAAUUGAUUCAGCAACCGACUGAAUUAAGAGCUCGCGAUCCCGACUAUUUUGAAUCCGAAAAAGAGAAGAUUAGAAAAGAAUUGACUAAGCUAGAAGUUGCCCUGACCGAAAGCUCAACUGCCCAAACUGCUUUUAAUCGUCAAAAGGUGAAGUAUGAGCAAAUAGUAAAAGAUUGUCGAGAGUUAUUGGCUAAGUUGUAG